UCACCUCGGCCAUCCCUCUUUCUUUUGCGAACUAAUCUUCGCCGACGAACAUCGUGUUUUCGCGUGUUUUCCAAGUGAUUUCUGAAAACAAUCCACAACAAUGGUCCGUGUCAGCGUUUUAGCCGAUACCCUCAAGUGCAUCAACAAUGCCGAAAAGCGAGGCAAGCGCCAGGUGCUGAUCCGCCCCAGCUCGAAGGUCGUGGUCCGGUUCUUGACUGUGAUGAUGAAGCACGGCUACAUCGGAGAGUUCGAGGUUGUCGAUGACCACCGCAGCGGAAAGGUGGUCGUGAACCUGACCGGCCGCCUCAACAAGGCCGGUAUCAUCUCCCCCCGUUUCGACGUGAAGAUGGACGACAUCGAACGCUGGACCAACACGCUGUUGCCGUCGCGCCAGUUCGGAUAUGUAGUGCUCACUACCAGCGGUGGAAUCAUGGAUCACGAAGAGGCCAGACGGAAGCAUCUCGGUGGAAAGAUUCUCGGAUAUUUCUUCUGAGGAGUUAACUUCGUGGGAAAAGACUGCAUCAUCCCGGACUUCCGAGGCUGUAUCCACAACAAUAAAGCGCAUCCACCUUGGGGAAAUUUCGUUAGUGCUUACAGAUGAGCUGUAUAUAAACGAUUUCGUUGGAGCAUCGGAUGUAUUCCUUCACCAGCAAUGGCGAUGAUGCAGUAUACAAUAAACGGGAGAUUCAACUGA